CCCGAGUAGACGAACAACAAAAAUGGAGUUGUGAAGUAGUAGCAACUUAGCUAUCUACAGACGGUACAUUUAGUUGAGUAUUUUACAAAUACGUUCACAGAAGUAGAUGUUUCUAUUUGUUUAGAGUACAGAGAUGCUGGUAAAUCACAUCCAUAUGUAGUUUAUGCUCUGUAUCAGUCGUAAAGAGCUGGCGAAGUGGUAAACAAACCGGUGUCUUGGCUACGACAAAGGCUUGCUAGCUAGCUAGCUGAAACGGUAGCAUUCACCAGGUUUCACUGUCAAUAUAUUAGCUAAAUUAGUUAACAAACGAAGAUACUGAGACUCGGACAGAAAUGGACAAGGCAGAUUUCUUAAAGGGACUUCCAGUUUAUAAUAAAAGCAACUUCAGCAGGUUUCAUGCGGACUCUGUGUGCAAAGCAUCAAACCGUCGACCAUCUGUGUAUCUUCCAACCCGUGAAUAUCCAUCUGAGCAGAUUAUAGUCACAGAGAAGACAAACAUCUUACUGCGGUAUCUUCAUCAGCAGUGGGAUAAAAAGAAUGCAGCAAAAAAGCGAGAACAGGAGCAACCAGAGGGGGAGAACACGGCGCCUCCACGAAAAAUUGCCAGAACAGACAGUCGAGAGUUGAACGAGGAUACAUAAACUAAGAGCACAGCAGAGACUGGCCUACACAAAGAAAGUGCAUGCACACAGAUGCAGAAUAUGUUUGCGCUCCAGGCCUUGAUGCUAAAGCGCACAAGGAUCGAUACAUUUCAACCUGCAGUCGGCACAGCAUUAACUCCAAAAGCAGUUGUUUGCAGUGUCAGUCUCUGUGUUCGCAGCUGACUUCACAUUUCUUCCUGUUCUUCCACUUUUUUUUUUCCUGGCUCAUUUUCUACUUGUACCUUUUUUCCCUUUUCCUUUAACAAGCCACACAUUGGCCUCAGAUAGUAGUCUUUGCAGUUUUGAAAUGAACCUACAUCUACCUCCUUGUUCUUUAAAUCCUCUGGUCUUUAUUCUCACCUGAUUCUCAUAUAUAUUUUUAUAAACAUGGAGCAAGUAAAUACUUUACCCUCUGCUGCCAUUUUAGGGUUUACAGCUGCAGUUAUUCAGCCCUUUUUGAAAUAUAUGCAUCUUCAGAGUUAAGGUUUCAUAAGUGAUAAAGACGCAUGCCGUGUGUGGUGACUCCUACUCUGUUUGGUAUGUUAUGUUUGGAACUAUGUAAUGACAGUGGCCCUAAAACGUUUUAGUGCAUCUUAAUUUGUAUUUGUGAUUAAUGUCAUUACAUAAAAAGGCAUUAUGUUGUGAAGAGUGAGUUAUCCAGUCAGGGUUUUGAUAAGGACUGUAUUGUGGAAAAAGAUUGACAUAAAGUGUGAAAGAGCUGUUCUGUUUUCACCUAAUGAUUUUUUUUUUUUUUCUGCCUUAAAUGGAAAGAAUUAGCAUGCUUGUUGUUCUAGAGUUCUCUUUCGGUUUACUUGUUAUUUCAGGUGAAAAACUUGACCACAGUUGAGUUGAAAGGAUAUUAUUAUUGUCCUGAUGUGAACAGUUCAAGCCAAGUUAUAUCAGAAGAAUCAAACUAUUUUUGUACAGACAUGCAGAUUUUGUAGCCAUAUUUUUAGUUCUUCAAGAAGCACCUCUGUCCUCUUAACUGCAUCCGUAGCACUAUGUUUUCUAUCACAGGUGAUGACUAAAGGUGUGUGUGUAUUUACACAAUGUGCUACAGUCAACUGCUGUCAGUUCUUGUUCUAAAUGUGCCAUUUGUGUUUGAUUAGGUUGAUUGAUCGUUCGAGUUAUGUUGAGGGAGUAUAUGUUCUGAAAUUUGAUAGCAGGACAAAAAGAAACAUUCUUUUUCAUAUUCUGCCACUUUUAGAGUCCGUGAGUCAUGGUCAUUCUCCACAAAUGUUGUAUAUUUGUAUAGAGAGUUUUCUAUAAUUGCUCUAAUCUUUUCAUCAGGUUACAAAACAGGGGCUCAUCUUGUCUUCCUCAAACCACAUCCACGUUGUAAUUAACACUUGGUUUAGUAGCCAUUUUGUUCUUUUAUGGAAAGGCUUAAAGCCAAAGUUGUGUGGAAACAAAAGCAUUUUACUUAAGUUGUGUAGAUUUGAAUUGUCAGCCCUCAUUUUUUUUUUUUUUCUUUUUUGCAAGUUUCAGAUGUUUUUUCUGUAAAUUUGCACCAUGUUCAGUCAUUUAUGAAAUAUUUGGGGUGAUUGUGUCUACUUUUGCUAGAUUUGCUGUUAACAGGUUAUUUGCAUUUUUUGCCUGUUAAUAUUUAAGUAGAUUCCACACACUGCACGUUUCUCAGAUACAGUUUAGAUACAGAAAUACUGUGAUUCGUAUUUCUUGCUUUCCUCUUAACGAAAAAAGGAAAAUAUACACAAAUUGGGUUUAUGUGUAACUUACAAUGUACAGUUUCUGUUUUUCUUCACAUGAUGAAAUUUGGGAUAUUUCUGUUGUUAAAUUGCCUGCUUUACAUUCAUUGUGUUAAUAUGUUGUAAAAUAUUGUUCAUGUAAAGAAUACACUAUGACAUACAGUAAAGACUAUAGCACA